AUGAAAUUUAGGGCCAGCCUGCUUCUUUUGCUGUUAAAUGCGGUGAAGAUAGCCCAUACGCAACGAGUUCCUGCGAAAGAUCAUGAGUCGCGACACUACUUUGCAGUUGAGAGUUAUUUGGACCCUAAUGAGCUCAAUAAGAUACAUCCUGACUGGACGUACGAACAUGACGUACGGGGGCUCGAUAAUCACUACGUAUUCUCCAGAGAAUCAAGCAGCAAAUCUUUAAGAAAGAGAUUAUUAGCUGAUGGGACCGAUGUAUUGUCAGUUGAAGAUCUGCUCCCUCAGAGGCUGGAGAAGAGGAUGCCAGUUCCAUUAGUACCGAUAGACUCAAGUAUGAUUCCAAUGAAAGAGGCCGAAGACCGACUGAUUAUUAAAGAUCCUCUUUUCGAAAAGCAGUGGCAUUUGAUUAAUCCUAGUUAUCCUGGUAACGACAUCAACGUAACUGGUCUAUGGUAUGAUAAUAUUACUGGUCAUGGAGUGGUUACUGCCAUCGUGGACGAUGGACUGGACUACGAUAAUGAUGAUUUGAAAGAUAACUUCUGUGCUGAGGGCUCGUGGGACUUUAACGACAACACUGCUUUGCCAAAACCAAGGCUCAGUGACGAUUAUCAUGGAACUCGUUGUGCUGGAGAAGUAGCAGCGGCCAGGAAUGACUACUGUGGUGUAGGAGUAGCGUACGAUGCAAAAGUCUCUGGUAUACGUAUUUUAUCUGGUGAAAUCACACCAGAGGAUGAAGCAGCUUCGCUAAUAUAUGGUCUUGAUGUUAAUGACAUUUAUUCUUGUUCCUGGGGGCCAGCAGAUGACGGCAGACAUCUACAAGGUCCUUCUGAUUUGGUUAAGAAGGCAAUGAUAAAGGGAGUUCAAGAAGGAAGAGACAAUAAAGGUGCAAUCUAUGUUUUUGCUAGUGGUAACGGCGGAGGUUUCGGUGAUAAUUGUAAUUUCGACGGAUACACAAAUUCAAUUUACUCCAUCACAGUCGGUGCAAUCGACCACAAGGGUCUCCACCCACCAUACUCAGAAAGCUGCUCCGCCGUCAUGGUGGUUACAUAUUCCUCGGGAUCUGGUGAGUAUAUUCACUCCACUGACAUCAAUGACAAAUGCAGUGAUAGACACGGAGGUACAUCUGCCGCUGCACCUUUAGCGGCUGGUAUUUUUACGCUUGUGUUGGAAGCCAAUCCCGGGCUUACAUGGAGAGAUCUACAAUACCUAUCCAUACUUUCAUCCGAGCAGAUCAAUGACAUGGAUGGUGAAUGGCAGCAGGGACCAUUGGGGAAAAUGUAUUCACAUCGUUAUGGCUACGGAAAACUUGAUGCCUAUAAAAUAGUAGACAUGGCACGCGGUUGGAAUAAUGUUAAUCCGCAGACCUGGCAUUACGCUCCAACUCAGGAUGUUUCGUUAUCAACCAACUCUACUGAUGACAAAAUAGAAUCAGUUGUUACAAUAGAUAGAAAAAAGCUCGAGGAUUCCAACUUCAAAAGAAUUGAGCAUGUCACAGUUACUGUGGACAUAGAAGCAGACAUCAGAGGUACGACAGAAGUCGAUUUGAUCUCACCGAUGGGUACAACCUCAAAGUUGGCGGUUGUUCGAAAGCUGGACAAUUCGCAGGACGGCUUCAAAAGUUGGAGUUUUAUGUCCGUCGCCCAUUGGGGUGAGGAAGGUGUGGGUGAUUGGAGGCUACAGGUAAGAACAACUGUCGCCGGCAAUGAAGUAAAGCUUAACAACUGGAGGCUGAAAUUUUUCGGUGAGUCUAUUGAUGAAUCAUUAACCGUCCCAUUUGUUUUUGGUAAUGAUAGUGAAGAUCUGAGUCAAGAAGAAUCAGAUAGUGAGAACGAAAUAGAAGCUGCACCUUCAGAAGUCGCAACCACUACUACAGAGGAACCUCUGGCUACAGCUUCACCAACAACCGACACUUCAGCUUCACCAACAACCAACACUUCAGCUGCACCAACAGAUGUCUUCAACAGCGAUGCUCCAAAUAAAAUGACGUCCCCAGCUAAGGCAAUGCAUUACUUUGUCGCUUUAUUUGUAAUUGGUGCUGCAUUAUUCCUAUUAUAUUUCCUUUUCUUCGUGAGAACGAGACGGAGGAUACGAAGAUCGAGAGCAGAGACCUACGAGUUCGAUAUCAUCGACACUGAUUCCGAUCAUGACUCGUCCUUUGACUACAGCAUGCGCGGAGGGCCCGAAAUUGGUUCGGCAGAUGUGGAUGAUUUCGAUUUCGAUUUAUCUGAUGAGGAUAACCUCGUUAACGACUCCUCAAAUGACCCUGAAGCUCACUUCCAGCCAUUAGAUCAAGCACUUGACGUCUCUCAAAGUAAGAAGAACGGUGCACAGAAGGAUUGA